AUGUGCAUUGGCUCUCUAGAGAGUCGGCCAAUGCCUGCAUUGGACCUUGAGAGAGUCAGUGAAUGCAGGCAUUGGCCGACUGCACAUCAAUUCAUCAAUGCAGGCAUUGGCCGACUUUACAUCAGUCAGUCAAAUGUAGGCAUUGGCCAACUGCGCAGUCAGCCAAUGCAGGCAUUGGCCGACUGCACAACAGUCAGUGAAUGCAGGCAUUGGCUCCAGUGCACAGUGGUGAUCCGUUCAAAUCUUCGUUUGGUUCUGAUCCAUUCUCGUCUGAUGAUCCGUUUAAAUCCUCCGACACAUUUGAGAGUUCCUCCAAGUCUGGUAAGAAACCAGACAAUCUAUUUGGUGGUGACCCUUUUGCACCAAAAUCCUCUUCUCGGCCUUCUCUGGGACCCAAGUCACCAGCCCCAGCUUUGCCCCCCCCCAAACAGAAGAAACAGCCUCCCCCAAGACCCGCCCCUCCCCAAAACAGACCAACCCCCAGCCCCAGUCAACAGCUUGGGGGAUUUGACAGUGAUCCAUUUGCAGGUAAUGACCCUUUCUCCAGCUCCACAGGAAGUAAUGCUGCUGCCUCAGAUGAUGCUUUUGCCAACUUUGCAGAUUUUAGUCCAAGCAAGUUUGAUGAUAAAGGAGCCUGGAGUUGAGAAGUCAAAAGUUACAACAUGAGGGACCAUGAUAUUGGGGUGUGGGCAAUGGACGGGUGUUCACACUUAGGGGCGUGGUUUUGAGUGCUUCAGGAUUAUUUCUUCCUGUGACAUCACAACAAACCUUCACUGCUGAUAAUCUGUUAACACUAGGACAGCUAUUAUCAACUUAAGUCACGUUUUAGUUCCUACAAUACAUAAAAUUAGAGGAAAAAUUUGAGGAGAUAUAUGAGUUACAUUCCUUGAUGUUUUUGUAAAGAUGUCAGCCACUGCUGUGUAAUAAUGCAACAAAAACCUUGCAAAGUGCAAUAUUCUAGUUAUAUGUUAGAACUAUUAUUGUAUUUAUUUUUAGAAAAGGAAUGUAAGCUAGUAUAACUUAGGUUUGUAUUGGUGUGUGAUGAAGUUUUCUGAUUUUUACACCGGUCACAGAUAAAUCAAACUCAUCACACUUGUGCAAUCAUAGUUUUAUCUCGAGGGGUUUUAGUCUUACAUGUAUGUAUAGUUAUUUAUAUAUAAUAUUAUGAAAUCUUCAAUGUCAAUAAAAUGUGCCAAUCAUUUAA